GAUGGGCCCCAACAUCAUCACUUGGCUGUCCACGUAGUCGUCGUGGCAUAUUCGGGGCUCAUCUGGGGGCCCAAGGAACGCAGUCGUACCGUAAUCGUUGCCCGGGCGGUCCGGAUGAAUUUUGGCGGGAAAAUGUGCGACCGAGGUCGGGUGAGGUCAGUGGUGAUUGUGGGUGAAAAGAGUCAAAGUGGUGCCAGGCUCAGAAAACGUGAGAGAGCGAUUUUUGUAGCCCCGUCGUUCCGAAUUGCAAGUAAUUGUCUGCUUAGAUCGGAAAUGAGACGCGAUUGAAAUGGAGACGGAAGAGGACUAAUUUCCAAAUAGAAUAUCAGAAAAUAACCUUGAAACCUACCCCCAAGGACGGCGUGACCAAGAGCAACCCCAGCAAACGGCACCGGGAGAGGCUCAACGCGGAACUGGACACCCUGGCCAGUCUUCUACCUUUCGAGCAGAACAUCCUCUCGAAGCUGGACAGAUUGUCGAUCCUGCGACUCUCGGUUAGUUACUUACGCACAAAGAGCUAUUUCCAAGUCGUGAUGCACAAGGACAAAGAAGACCCGCUAGGGGCUCAUCGAUCCAGGGACCUCACCGCGUUCGACCACACCCCCUUGGACGGCGAGAUGUUUCUGCAGGCACUCAACGGCUUCCUGAUGAUACUCACCUGCGAAGGUGAGGUAUUUUUCGCGACGCACAGCAUCGAAGGCUACCUGGGCUUUCACCAGUCAGAUAUUGUCCACCAGUCCGUUUACGAGCUGGUUCAUUCGGAGGACAGGGAGGAGCUGCAGCGGCAGUUAAUGUGGAACUCGUUCCUGCCCCCGGAGUCGGCCAACAUGGGCCUCCAAGACGUCCUGCAACAGGAAAACUGCCACCUGUUGGAGAGAAGUUUUACCGUACGCUUCCGAUGUCUUCUAGACAACACUUCCGGUUUUUUGAGGUUGGAUAUACGGGGGAGAGUGAAAGUACUGCACGGCCAGAACAGAAAGUCGGAGGAACCGCCGCUAGCGCUGUUCGCCAUUUGCACUCCGUUCGGACCACCGUCGCUCCUGGAAAUACCCCAGAAGGAGGUCAUGUUCAAGAGCAAGCACAAGCUAGAUCUCUCGCUAGUUUCUAUGGAUCAGCGGGGCAAAAUACUGCUGGGAUAUUCGGAUUCGGAAUUGGCUAACAUGGGAGGCUACGAUUUGGUGCACUACGACGAUUUGGCAUACGUCGCGAGCGCCCACCAAGAACUGCUGAAAACCGGAGCCUCCGGCAUGAUAGCCUACAGGUUCCAGACCAAAGACGGCCAGUGGCAGUGGCUUCAGACCAGUUCCCGCUUGGUCUACAAGAACUCCAAGCCGGACUUCGUCAUCAGCACGCACAGACCUUUGAUGGAGGAGGAGGGCCGUGACCUCCUCGGCAAACGCACGAUGGACUUCAAGGUCAGUUACUUGGACGCAGGGCUUCCCAAUUCAUACUUCUCCGAGAGCGAGCAACUCCUCACGUCGCCAACAGUCACCCAGCACCCGGUGUCGUCUACGCCGACGAGGGUAAACCGCCGCUACAAAACGCAACUGAGGGACUUUUUGUCCACGUGCCGCACCAAGCGCAAACUGUCCCACAGCUCGUCCAGCGGACAGGUCACCCCACCCACCAAUGCCGCGGUUACCACUUCCGUUGUGCCUUCGAUGCCGCCGACGAUGGAUUACAUAGCCGACGGGUGCACGGCGACAUACAACAUGUACGCGUCCCCUUACGCCACCGCUACCCCCGACCACAGCCUGUCGUACAUGACGCAUUCGGCGACCAACUUCAACCACUCCCUGUAUCCUACCGCGACUGCUCCCGAUAACCGCUACCUCGCGACCACGGAAAACCUGUUCCACCAAUACAGGCCGUUGAGCACGUACUACCCGGAGUACCACCACGGGGCACCUUCCGCACCCUACAACGGCUUCCUAGACAUGACGUCGCGAACGUACGAUCCGGCGGCAUCGAGCGCCGGUCACCACCCCACGUAUCGGGUCGCCGUCGUCGGUGAUAAAUUGUACCCGUGCCACCAGCAGGUGGUGGACACCACCCCCGUCAAGUAUUCGACGUACGACGACGCUCGGGGCUACGUGGUGCCCAACAACAAAUGUCUGGACGUCGGGUGGCCCUACUCGGUGAGCCCUUCGUCGGGGAUCAUCCAACCGGUCCAGGUCAUGAGCACGCAGAUCGACAUCGCCAAAGAGGGGAUGAAGAAACAUGUGUCGUCGCCCCAGCACGCCGGGCUUAUCACCCCCAAACUAGAGGAGAUUAAGCAAGACGCGCAGGAGAGUCCGGGGGGUCACCACAUCGCGCGGCACUUUUCUCCUGCGCAGCCGACAACGGCGCAGCAGGAGAUGCCCAGCAGGCAGACGGUGCUGAUGUGGGGUUCGCACACUUCCACCCCCAUGAAUAGCCGGAGCCCCAUGAGCGAUUCGCAGCAGGAAUACCACCAGAUAAACUCGGUGGCGGUCACGUCUGAACCAAACUGCGACGCCCUAAAGGGAUUGGCCGAGAUCGGUAACCAGUGGAACGGAGUGGGGGAGGACAGCGGCAAGGGCGAGGUGGUGACCCAGAGCAGCGAUUCGGACAGUCCGAAUCAGCACCACGUCAGCCACCACAACCAUCACAACUCGCGGGUCGUGAUGGUUCUGUGAUAAAGGCGCCCUCCAGCCGCGUCGUGUAUAGCAAAAACUUUCGUGCACAUCAAGGAAUGUAAUUUCACUGAAAAAAAAAAACGUAUCUUCCGUAAAAAUUGUUUAUCGCCCCGAAAGUAUGUCGCGAUGUCUUCGAAUUAGUGGUGGGGGCGUA